ACCAGCCAGGACCACCUCCAAGGCAAUAUGUCCCGGUUCAGCAUUCAACACCUCAGGACUUCCAGCGCCAGAUUCAACAAGGAGGUCUGGCCAGCACAGCAAGCCGAGAAGGAGCCCAAGCUAGAAUGUUACGCGAUCAAGGAUACAACAAUUAUUCCAGCUAUAAUCCUUACCCAAGAAACAGCUUUGGCAAUGCGUACGACAAUUCGAGAAUGUGGAAUAGUCCUCAAGCUCCCACACCAAGUCCACUUUCGGAUCCAAAUACCCCCGGCUAUGGGAGAGGCACGACACCAACAGCGUCCGGUCCAUGGGGCGCUCUACCGCAACAGCAGAGUGGACCACUACCCAAUCCUCUAAACCAUAACGGUAUGAACCAUCGGCCACAACCGGGAGGCCCGCCAGGUGCCGGUUAUGGCCCGAUGUUACCGCAAAUGGGAGGGCAUGAAACUUGGAGGUAUAAUUAGCACGAUGAAAAAUCGGCUCGAUGGUCAGAGAGGCCUCUAAUGGAAGCAUUGCUGAACGGACUUUUUGGCAUGAGAAGGGCAAGGUCGCUCAUCAGCCGCAGCAGAGCUGAUGAUGAUGGCUUAUUUCACGAAUGAUAGGGAACUUCUUCUUUGUAGAUAAUGACCGGUGAUCGCUCCCCGCUACUUACCCAUCGCCUGAGUAUGGCUUUAAGAGAAGACGCAGAAGACAGAUGAACAAAAUCAAUGAAGAUUGGAAGAUCC